UUUUUAUAUAGCAACACUAGGUAAGGCAGCCAUUUUGUGGUGUCGCAUUGCAGUUUAACGUUGUUCAUCAAUUUUCGUCUAUUUUACAUGGGAGUAUUACUUUUUGUUUUGAUACCGAAAAUUAAUCACAACAAAUAAAAAGUUCGAGAUAUUUAAAAGUUUUUAGAAGUUUAAUAAAAUGGAACAGGACGUUGAAGCUCUUAGUUUCCCAGUACUGCGGUACAGAGCAUUAUGUAGUGCCUGUUUAAGCAAUGAUCGAGAUUUAUUCGAAUUGAAUAGUGAGGCGCAAGAUAUUUUCCGCCGAUUACUAUUUACGGGCGACAGGUUCAACGAACCUGUGCCGGAGAUGGACCACCUGGUCUGCUGGGAGUGCCUGGCUCUGCUGAAGAGGUUCCACAAGUUUAAGUGGCAGGUCCACACUGCACAGGAGCAUCUUAGGGUCAUGGCCCUCAGCAGGACGCAGGAGAGCAUGGAUCACACAUACAUGUCUCAAUCUCUCUCCUGCCUCGAGAUGACGACCAAAUCGGAAUACGACAAGAUCUUCUUUGACUUCUCUACCGGAGAAGAAGGGUACAUCAUACAGACGCAGCCGCAGAACGUUAAGAAUGAGCAGUAUGAUGUUAGUCAGGUGCAGGAAACCAGUAUAUUGGAUAUUGAUGAGCAUAUUUUGGAAGUGCCCGAGAUAGUAUUGGAGAAUCCGGUGACCGGAGUGAUGUCUCACAUUGUGGUGGGAACUGACUCCUUGGAUCUGGAUUCUGGACCCAGCGAUGCUGUCAUGUCUCAUCUUACUAUUGGGAAUCUAACCAAGACGCAGAUUGAUUCAAUAAAUAUAAUCACACAGUCGGACGCUAAACCGAAGCUAGAGAAGACGGAGCCCAAACUGGGAUAUGUCACGGAGUAUAUGACUGAAGCUGAUAUGCUGAAAUGCAGAGAUGAAGCCAAGAAAAAGGUGCAGUAUGCAAGCUCGGUGUACAAAUGUGAACUAUGUAUCAUUGGGUUCUACACACAGCAACAAGUUGAAGACCAUUUCGUGUCUGCACAUAGGGCGAAACCCCGUCAAGUAGCGUGCAAAGUAUGCUACGUGUAUGUAGACGAGAGUAAGAUAGCGUCGCACACGGACGCGCACUACCUGAAGUACCGCUGCAAGCUGUGCGCGCACGAGGAGCCCGCAGCCAAGCUCAUGCAGAUGCAUGUUAACACGCACAUGCACAAGCAGGCUAAUAACAUGUCCACCAUCAAAAUUGGGGAUUUGAAGAGUAAGGGCAGAAAGAAGAAAGACAAGGAGACGAAAGAGCAGAAGGAUCCACCGAAGCCGGGAGACUUGCGCAAGUUGUUGUCCAAGACCUCCAUAGAAGGGUACCAGUGUUUGGAGUGUGAUAUGUUCUUUAAAAACUCGCGAGCACGCAAGAACCACGUGGCUCGCUUCCAUAGAGAAGGACUACAGUGUGACCAUUGUAAAAAACGGUUCGUCAACAGAACUACGUUGGCAACACAUCUCAAACUCCACGAAGGUCCUCUCCCGCGAUCAGAAUGCCCGAUCUGCCACAAGAUGGUCCGUGUGAUCCAGCUGAAGUACCACAUACAGCGACAUCAGAACAAGAGUCGCUACGAGUGUACUGACUGUAACAAGACGUUCUCUCACCUCGCCACGUAUCAGGCGCAUCUGAAGUACUCUAGGGCACAUGCGUCGGAGCAGGUUUUCAAAUUUCCCUGUCCUAUGUGCAAGAAAGGCUAUCCUACUAAAGAAGCGAUGCAGGACCACUUCAACUACCAACAUCUUGGCAAGACUAUACAUAAGUGUCCCAUAUGUAAUAAGCCGAUAGCGUCCCGAGCGAAUGUAGACAAGCAUAUGAUGAGGAUACACGGGCAGAAGAAGGAGAAACCGCGGACGCAUAUAUGCCAAGAAUGUGGGAAGGCGUUUACGGACAAAAAAGCGCUAACACAACACGAAGUAAUCCAUUCAGGUGAACGACCUCUCUCCUGCGAUAUUUGCCAACAGACGUUCAAGCAAAAAGCGUCCUUAUAUACACAUAGGAAGCGAGUACAUAAAGUGAUACCUAACAAACGGCUUGUCGAGUAUAUGGACGAUGAUGUGCAACAUUGCAAGGUCGAAAGGUUCGUUGUAUGAGAUUGGGGUCAUUAAAGCAACUUUUUAAGGGGUCAUUGUGAGUUUGGAGUCAUUAAAGCAACUUUUCAAGGGGUCAUUGGAGAAAAUUGCUAGCAAAAGAACCUUUUUUGUGAUUUGUUGACUAAGUUUCAAGAAAAAAGCGUAAUUUUUGAGUAAUUUCAAGUGUAAAGAUACUGUUUCUAUAAAUUAUUAGUUCAUUUACAAGCAAUAAGCGUCCUCAUCUAAGGUGUUCUAAAAUGAUCUGAUUACAAAUUGCAUUGUAUUAAUUUAUGACGAUUUUUAAUAUAAAACUACGUUUUAAAUGAAUACGAUGAACGUCUAUUUGUGCUUUAACUCGUGCUUAAAAAUACAAAAUUACAGUAUUUUUUAACAAAUAAAAAGUUGUUUAUUAUGUUAUCGGCUUACUCACGUAACUGUUUGGCGAGGAACUCGACUAGUUUCCUAAUUAGAGUCUGUGUUUCCUGAUGGGUAUAACCUGGGUGUCUUCAAAGCCCGAGUGAAUAGGUUGCUUAUGGGCAGACGUGCUCCAUCGUAGGCCGCAUCAUCGCUCACCAUCAGGCGAGAUAGCGGCCAAACGUCGACCCAUUAAAUGUUUGAAGUCGUGCUACUCAAAUAUGAGCCAUAUUUGAGUUCCUCGUCAAACAGUUACGUGAGUAAGCCGAUAAUAUAAUAAUUAAUUUAGUAUGUCUCAUGAAAGUUAUAAUAAAAUUAAAAAGUUGUGUAUUUUAGUAUAUUUCGUAUAAAGAAUUGAUAUUAGAAAUAAAUAAUGCUGUGUAUAUAUAAACUAAUUAUGUAUGUUUUUUAAUGUUUUUUUAAUUUAAUUAUAUUGUAAUUGUUGAAAAAGAUGUACUAUUAAAUAAUUAUGCGCCUCUAUUGUAAUACCAGGGGGCUUACUAUUGAAUCCAAUUUCGAUCGAUCGACAUUGAUAUUGUGAACGUACUCUUGAGUUGCAACACUAGCGCCCAUUGCAUCCGUAUUGUGUGAAUAUUGAAUGAACUAAAUGGUAUUGAGUUUGGCUUUACAUUCCGUACUCUGAAUGCUAUUGUAACAGCUACGAUUGGGGUUGUAUAGUUUUGAUAUUGAAUAAUUAUUGAGAUUUUAUUGCAUUGACAUUGAAAUUGGUUUCAAGAGUAAACGCCCAGUAACCUUAAUACAAGUUAGCUUUACGUUUAAAAUAAUCGAAACGAGAGCGCGUUCGGCGAUCUGAUUGGUUGGUUUAUUCGAGCCGGCCAAUCACUUCUUUCGUUUUGAUUACUUUAAACGUAAAGUAAACUUAUACUAAGGGUACAAAUCUUGUUAAGUACUAUGCUGUGUUCUAAAAACCUUAAUUAAGAGUGAUUUUAAUUGAAAUCAGAUAUUUAUCUUGCCUUUUUCCAUACAUAAUAAAAUAAACUAUGCUAAAUGCGAAGCAACUCUUUGUGUGAUCCACAAAUUGUUGUUUCGGGUCUGGUUGUCAUGUGUAUGUGAACUUGUAUGUUUGUGAACGCGCGAACACGGGACAAUGUUUGAAAAGGGGCUUGAAAAAUAAUGGUUUUAAUUACAAUCACUCUUUACUUGUGUCAACAAAAUAAACACAUUGCAUAGCUUUUCAAGCCAUUUUACUGAACUACAUUAUUUGUAUAGUUUAUAUCAUGGCUUGAAUAAGCACUGGCAAGUUGUUUAUUUUGUCCUAUUAUUUAUGUAGGUAAUUGUGGCUAAACUAUGUAAUGUAAAGUCAGACAAGUUAUUUAAUAAUGCACUUUGGGUAAUAAAUAUUGAGGUAGUAGGUAGUAUAGAGACAGUAGCUAUUGUUAUCAGAGGUGGUUUAAAGAGCGCCUUGUCAUUGUAGAAAUUCAUACUAAGUGUAAAUAGCUGAACGCGCUCUCGUUUCGAUUACUUACUUUAAACGGAAAGCAAACUCGUACUAAGAUAGCUUGAAUAAACCUGAUUGGCCGGCUUGAAUAAACCUUAUUGCCCGGCUUGAAUAAACCUGAUUGGCCGGCUUGAAUAAGCCUUAUUGCCCGACUUGAAUAAACCUGAUUGGCCAGCUUAGAUUAACCUUAUUGGCCGGCUUGAAUAAACCUUAUUGGCCGGCUUGAAUAAACCUUAUUGGCCGGCUUGAAUAAACUUGAUUGGCCGGCUUGAAUGAACCUUAUUGCCCGGCUUGAAUAAACCUGAUUGGCCGGCUUAAAUAAUCUUGAUUGGCCGGCUUGAAUAAACCUGAUUAGCCGGCUUGAAUAAACCUGAUUGGUCGGCUUGAAUAAACCUGAUUGGCCGGCUUGAAUAAACCUGAUUGGCCGGCUUGAAUAAACCUGAUUGGUCGGCUUGAAUAAACCUGAUUGGUCGGCUUGAAUAAACCUGAUUGGCCGGCUUGAAUAAACCUGAUUGGCCGGCUUGAAUAAACCUGAUUGGUCGGCUUGAAUAAACCUGAUUGGCCGGCUUGAAUAAACCUGAUUGGUCGGCUUGAAUAAACCUGAUUGGUCGGCUUGAAUAAACCUGAUUGGUCGGCUUGAAUAAACCUGAUUGGCCGGCUUAAAUAAACCUUAUUGACCGACUUGAAUAAAUCAACCAAUUAGUGCGCCAAACGUGCUCUCGUUUCGAUUACUUUAAACGUAAAGCAAACUCGUACUAAGGGUACUGUCUCUAUACUGAAUCAAUCUUUGUCUCUUUACCUGCAUACGAAAUAACUUUAGACUAUACUAUAAGUCUUCUCGAUAGCAAUACAAUAAAAAGAUUUUAUAUUUAAUAUGAAAUAAUGAAAGUGCAACUUAUAAGAGAUACAUUUAAAUAUAUUUUAUUUACAAAUAAACGUUAUGAUAGACUUAAGUAUUUA